AUGGGAAUUAUUGCUAAACGCCAUUCUUAUGGUCCAUCAACAUAUAAUGCCAGGAAUCAGCUAGCAGCUAUUGACCACAAUGCUCACUGCGAAAGAAAAGUUGUUGCAAACAAAGAUGAGACUGAAAGGUUAGUAUAUAGCUGCAGAUAUGUUUCAAAUCCAUUGGACCCAAGAAGAUUGUCAUCAAACAUUGCCCCUGUUCCACCUCCCCCUACACAAGAAUUGAUGGCUGCCAAAAUUUCGAGAUUUAACAGGGAAGAUCUGGACAAGACCAUAGACUACGAUCUUGACCAGACAAUAGACUACGAGUGGCCAACUAACUAA